AUGGCGCGGCCGGCUUCCAAUUUUACCACUAGGGUCGCCACCCUGGAUGAUUUCGAGGGCAUCACAGCUGUUUACUUCGAUGCUUUCUCCGGCGGUUACAUCGGCAGCCGCUGCUUCCCCGCAGCACCGCGGUCCACCAUGGUGAUUGUGACGGACAAUGACUCCUCGCCUCCUGGGCGGGUCGUUGGUUUCGCCAAGUGGACGCGGCCCCAUUCAGAUGGCGAGGAGCCUUACCCGGAGAGUCACGAUCCCUUGAUGAACGGACCGUGGCCGACGGACGGAAACCCGGCCCUGGCGGAGGCCUUCUUUACCGGAAUCGAGCGCAAGCGUAGGGAGACGAUGGGAGACCGGAAGUUCUGGUUCCUGCAUAUCCUGGCCGUGCACAGCGACUACCAGGGCCGCGGGGCGUCGAGUUCGUUGCUAAGAUGGGGUGUGGGUCGCGCGCAGGAGGAUAAACUGCCGUGCUACCUGGACGCGUCGCCGGGAGCGAAGCCAAUUUACGAGAAGUACGGCUUCAGGGAGGUGGACCGCCUGGUAUUUGGGGAUAACGAGCUCAUCGAGACUCACAUGGUUCGGGAGAUCGUGCCAAGCUCGGAGGGUUAG